AUGUGCCAUACAUACAUCCGCAAGUUACGCUUUUGCACUAAAACAUUAGCAUUACUGACAGUUAUCACUGUAUUACUACUCGAUAUGAUCAUUCUGUACAUGCUCGUAAAUAGUCAGUAUAUAGUUUUGUUGCGGCACCACUUGGACAUCCGUCAGCUGAUCAAACGUUCACCGCUAAUAGCUCAUUGUUUGACAGGAAGACCAAGAACGCUUCAUUAUGACGAAGUAUUUCAAAUAUACAAGAAAGUGGUUUUGGAUAAUGUUCCUGGCGACUUAUUUGCCGUGCUUGAAAUCGGUCAGGUCGACGAUUUUCCCGGAAUUCCACUGGGAACAAACGACACCGUAUAUAAAAGAGCUUUGACGACAAUAAACCCAAAACUAACCAAAUGGCUGAACGUAACCGAUAAUGCGACAGCGCUAAAUGAUCCAGGAGGUUAUGGGAAAUGGAAAAUAUGUAUGACAAUGAUCGAAGAAGAGGAAAAAAUGAGAGCUAUGAAAUACGAAUUCAUUGUCCGUACCCGUCCCGACUUAAUGAUAAUCAAAGAGCUUCCACCUGUCGAAAAAUGGCCGACCGAUCGAGUUCUCGUAAACCCCUAUUACGAGUGUCUCAAGGAUCUUCCAGCAAGUUAG